UGAGCUUUAGAAUGUCAGAAUGGAGCAAGAUAUCAAUGCAAUUUUAAGUUGUUUUAUUUCGAUUUUUCUUUGUUUUAUGUUAUCGGUAACAUAUUUAGCAAGUAUUCAUGUGUGGAAUAGUCCGUAUAGUAGAGAUCAUCCAGAAACGAUUAAGAAAAGAUUCAUUAGCGCAUUUGUAAUGCUAUUUAUUGCUCCAUGUUUUCUAUAUGUAGGAUUAAAUAAAGAAAUUUUGGAAAAGGCAUCUUUUUUCCAUAUAUUAGGAUUAAGAACACAAGGACUAUGUCAGGCUAUUUUUAUGCCACUGUUUUUGACAAUGAUUCUAUUUUUGGGGCCUAUUUCUAUGGAGUUGUAUAGUGGUUUAUCUAAGUUGUAUACAGAAGAAAUGUAUUGGUUUUCGAAUAUGACCAAUCUAAUAUGGAUCAGAAAUCACAUAGCAGCCCCAUUAUCAGAGGAAUUCACUUACCGUAGCUGUAUGCUGCCAUUGUUAGUGCAAUGUUUCAAACCUUCCACAGCAGUUAUAAUCAACCCUUUGUUUUUCGGGGUUGCCCAUUUCCACCAUAUGAGAGAGAGGAUUAAUCACAUGGGAAUGGAUUUUAACACUGCAUUAAAAAUUUCAUGCUUCCAAUUUGUCUACACAACGAUAUUUGGCAUGUAUUCUGCAUAUUUAUUUUACAGAACAGGGCAUUUUAUCUCCCUUUUUAUAGUGCAUGCCUUUUGCAAUCAUAUGGGAUUCCCCGAAAUUAUGGAAAUAAGGAAUUAUAAAAAAAAUAAGAAAGUUGUUGUAUCUAGUCUAUUUUUAAUUGGAUUUUUAUCAUGGUGUAUUUUACUAAAUCCAUUGACUGAACCAAGUUGGUAUCACAAUAAACCGAUUUGAUAUGAUGUGAGAUCAUUUGUCGUAUAUUAAUCUAUUUAUUGUUGCAAAGUCUGAUAGAGUACAAGAAAUGUUAAAUUGUUAGCUUUCUGACAUUCUUAUAAAAAUUUACAAUAUUUUAGGUAGGUAUAUAGCAAAUAAACCAAAUAUAAAGCGUUUACGUUAUUAUUGACUAUAAUAUCCAAAAUUUAUAAUAAUAAAAUAAAUCAAUUUGACUUAGUAGACUUCUUUCAUAAUUAAAUAAGUUAGACAAUCAAAAAAAAAAUAUUUUUUGGUUGCUGUAGCCGUUAUAGAAUUGUACAAAUUAGGUAUGUAUUUAUGGAGAUUAAAUAUCAAUAUUGUCAAAAUUAUUAACCAAAGCAAGAAAAAAAACGCAAUUCAAAAUGUUCAUUUUUCUAUUAAAAUCUACUCUGCAAACUUAGUGUCCUUACUGUAUUUUUCCCUUAAAAAAAUUUAGUAAACAUCUUAGUAUGCAACAAAGUUUGAUGUUGACUUGCCAUUUUGUUACCUCGGACUUUGUUGGCAUCAGUAAGUGUAGCCUUGUCAUUUGAUGCUGCGAAUCACAUUGCCUUCUAUAAAAUUUGUACACACAAAAAAAUAUAUACGUGUCACUUCACAGGAUGAUCUGGACACCAAAAUGACAAGAUUUCACUUUCUUUGUGUACAUGUUCAACUUUAUAUUUCUGGCUUAUUCUAAUUAGUGUAUAAUAUGUUACAAUAACCCACUGACAAAAUUCAACAGGUGAUAAAAUAGUUCGCAUGAACUUAUAGUCUGUAAACGCUUUGUUUUUGACUCAUGGUUUUAAGAUUUUAUUAUUUUCUAAUUAUUCUCAUUUACUUUACACCUUUUUUAAGAUAAUCCAUUUAAAUUUGGUUAUGUUCAACAUUGAGAACUGAUGGAAUGGACAAAUUACUGUUUGAUACAACCAAGGUGAUACUUUUGUCUCCUCUUAACUCUUUCAUCCUCCCUCCUACUCUCUCAGAAAUCAGUAAUUUUGAAAAAAACACUUGUUAUAUUUACACUAUUGGAAAAAAUUAAGGGGACAAAAAAAAUCUGAAAUUUUUUAGCGAUUUUUACAGGCUGUAUCUCAGUGAAAAAUAUGGUCGUAUCGAGAUAAAAAAAGCAGUUUGAAGUUCCAAGUCUAUAGUUUAAAGAUCUUUUGACAAAAAAAUUUUUUGAGCUCUGGUUAUUGCGCAAUUAUAGGAAAUAGCACAAGAAAAAAAAUUUCCAAUUUUUUUAAUUUAUUUUUAAGGAUCAGGAAAAUGUUUUUCACUUAGACUGAUGCAUAGGUCAGUUAGCUGAUUAUUCAGCUUCAGAUUGUUUUUUUCUCUGCUUGUAAAUUUUUUUUGUUAAGAUAUCUGGCUUUAAAUGUUUUUGAUCAUCAAUAUCUCAGUAACUAAUGACCGCACAUAGUAAAUUUAAGGGUGGUUUGGAAAACUUGAAUUUUUCUACAAGGACCUUUCAUGGUUUUUUCGUCAUAAUUUAAAAAAGUGCAAAAAAAAUACUUUAUGGUUUUUUAGAAUGUCUACUGCUAAUUUACAAAUGUUGAGGAAAAGAUUAAUGUUGAGAGACAUUUUUACAGCCCAGUGUAGCCACAAUAACCUUGUAGAUUGACAAGGUGAUCUAUUUAACCGUUUUUUUCUGUUUCAAAUGAUAAAAAUUUUGGAAUAAUUAAAGGAGCACACAGGCAAUUACGUAAUCAUUAUCGAAUGAAAAAGAAUUUUUCUCCACUUUUCCCACAAUUUUAAAUUAGAUAUUGUUUGAAUUUAAAUGAUCAUGAGCAAUAACCGGAACUAAAAAAAAUUUUUUGUCAAAAGAUCUUGAAAUUAGAACUUGAAGCUUCAAACUGCUUUAUUUUAUUAUUUAUUUGUAUCUCGAUACGACCAUUUUUCACUGAAUUAAGUCUGUCAAAAAUCACUAAAA